UAGACUGUGGGGCUCAGAAGCUGUCAGCGAGGAAGACGGGAAGAGGAGUAUCAAGGUCGUGUGGCUGAGCCCUGUGGCCUUUACUCAGAUGAUCAGAAUGUCCUCAAGCAUGUAGUCACUGUGGUUAGUUCAGACGUCUUAAUGACUCACCGGCAAAGUCAUUUCAAUGAUUGAAAUAGCCCAAGGAGCAGGGCACAGGCAGUGUGACCAGGGACCCGGGGCACAGACCGUGUGGCCAGGAAGGUUUGGGGGCUCGUGCCCGCCUCUGACCGGGGAGGCUGUCUCCGCUCCCGGCCUGCAGAAUGAGGCACGUGUUUUCUGUGACCCCUGCGGCUCCAGCUGGUACGACGGACAUGGAUGACCUGCCGUGCUGCAUGCAGCAGGCGGCUUGGGGCCCACAGAGCAGCGAGACGGGCGGCGGCAGGACGCCCGUGGACGCGCAGGCCCUGAGGCGGAAGAUGGGCAGGACGACCUGCGGCGCGGCCGCCCGCGCCAUCCUGGGCAGCCUGCUGCUCUACGUGGCCGGCCAGGGCCAGGCCGGGCAGGGCCGGGAGCGCCGCCCGCCCGAGCCCCAGCCCCGGGGCGACCCGCGGCGGCCCACGCGCUUCCAGCUCCUGCGCGCCAAGUUCCUGGGCGCCGGCCGCGAGCCGCGGCUCAGGAGGGCGCGGGAGGUGGGCCGGCUGAUCGCCCGGGACAGGCCGGGGCCGGGCCGCGGCCUCGUGAGCGCCACCAUCGGCAAGCUCCUGGCGAAGAGCGGGGACAGGGCCGGCAGCCCCGUCGCGCGCGACCAGCCCCGCUGGCGCCACGCGGCCGGGAAGAGCGCGGUGAGGAGCAUCCUGCAGCUGUUCCUGGCCGCCGAGCAGAAGGAGGCGGCCGAGCGAGAGGCGCGGGGGAGGCCGCCGGUGCCGCGGCCCCCAGUCGCCGGGGGCGUCCGGCCGAGGCUGGCGGGCGGGAGCUGGGCGCUGUGCAGGCCGCGCGACAAGUCCGAGCGCAGCGGCGGGCUGUGCGCCGAGUCCCAGGCGCGCGGGGGGAGGCGCGUGCACAGGCCUGAGCUCCGCGCGCUCCACGCGGCCACCGCGGCCCGCACCUGCGUCACGACGCCCCCCGCGCGGUUUGUGGCCUGCACGGCCGAGCCCCUGCCGGCCUUCAGCAUCGCCACCGCGGUCGGUGGCCCUGGGAGCCGGCUGUCCCACUGCGCUAAAAUCAGCCCUGCGGAUGCAAGGUGGCGGCCCCGAAAAGAAACCAGCGUGUCCCCCUGCGUGGGGGACACGGAGCCUGGUGGGAACAGCACACCAGGUGGGGGCCCAGCCGGGGAGGAGCCCAGAGGACAGCUGAGGCCCUCGACAUCUCCAAGGCCCCCGGCAAUGGUGCACGGGGACCGCCAUGCUGCUCUGAACUCCACGUUCCCCUCUGCGGGGCCAGAGCAUGUCCCCGAGCCAGGCUCCUCCUGCGCUUCCUGUGAAAGCCAAGCCUCUCUUGGCCGCCUGCCCGUGGUGGCCCCACCCAGGCCAGUGGGGCCAGCCGGAGGUGCCAGGACGGUGGACCCCAGGGCAGCGAGUGCCACAGUCAGCAUCCAGGAGGUGAAGGAGGCACGAGCCGCCCAGCCCCCGGGGACGGGUGAUGGCACAGGGGACACCCCCGAAGUCACCAUGACUGUUUGCAGCUCGAAGGAUGAGACACAAAGAGCAAUCCCAGACCCAGAAGCAGAGCCCCUCUUUGCUAGCCAGGAGUAUUUCCCAGAACAGAAAGCACCAGGACAUAUCCCCCCACUUCCCGUGCCGGCUGCCCAGGCCACUCGCCGAACACAGUCAGCCAUUGAGCCUCCACAGGUAACUGUCCAGCUGCCAGUCGUCCAUGAAAUGCCAGCAGCUGCCGCCACUCCGCAACGUGCGGGGAGUCGGGAAGACCAACAUUCUCGUACUUGUGGAGGAGAGAGUGUGAUUGAAAAUGCACCGACGGUGCUUCCCGCUGUGACCGGGGACAGGAGGGACGCCCACGCCCCAGCGAAGCUGAGCCAGCCCGCCCAGGUGCCCGGGCGAAUCGACGCCCCUCCUGCACCAGGACGACAAGCUCGCCGAGGUCCCACACUGCCGGGAGGCGCCUCUGGCGCUGGUCGUGGGAUCCCAGAGACCCUUCUGACGCCAAAGCCUCAAGGUUCUGCCGGCAGAAAGGAAAACGGUCGCAGCUCUGAGAACGUGAGCGAGAUCGGGAACCACAGCAGCGCUGCGGGAGCGGGAGCGGGCCUGGUGGGGUGGCAGCAGGAGGCAGCGCACAGCACGGGCACCUCACCCGACACGCCCGUGGCCGGGGCCAGUCCUCCAGAAGGAAGCACCAGCUCUGCCUCCGGAGGUCGCCAAGGACCGUCUCCCAGCGACAAGAGCCCAGCGGGACCCCCGGCAUGGCAGGCGCCAGCCACGGGGUGCGCCAGGUCUGAGAGUUUUACUGAGCUGGGCAAGAACGUCCCGUGCAAGCGGGAAGAACCCAAAAGGCCGCUGUCCACGGAGUCCACUCGGCAACGACAGAUGGCCGAGGAAAACGCCAGCCAUCGUUUUGGCGAGAACAGACUGUCCUCAUUCGAUGAACAACCCAAAUCAAGUGUCAAAGCCUCCAGGGUGAUGGCCGUGUCAGGGAGUCCCACAAGGCCAUCACCAGGUAGUGCCCACAACCCUGGAAACAGUGUGGCAGAGGAGCCGGACACCGCAGGUGAAGAGGAACACAGAGCAUCGCCAGCACGUUGUCUCGCUGCUGACACAAGGAGCCUUGAAGGAGAGGGUCCCCCGCCAGGACCCAGCCUCUGCCACCUCUUGGCACCACGUGGAUCCUCAAAGCACAAGAGCAGAGCAGCAGAAAGGAGCAUCCUUGAGGACAUGGGGCCCAAUCUGUCCUCAGCACCAGUGUCCCCAGCCCCUCACCCAGGUGCAGCUGUCACCACAGCCCUGCUGCUUGACAAGCCCCGAUUUUGCGUCUCAAACGCGUUGGCAGCAAGCAAAAGUGACGCAUCGGUGAGAAGCGGCCGCAGCACAGCUGUGGCAGGAGGUCCUCUGGGUAACUGCACGAAGUCCCAGAUUCCAACUUCCACGUACCCCACGCCACAGGACGAGAGCACAGUGGGACCUCAGAGCCAUGGCGUGGGCAAGCCACAGCCACCUCCUGUGCAUCAACAGGCGAAGGUCAAAAAGCGCGUCGAGCCAGAGAGACGGCAUCCUUUUGACCCAGAGCUCACUCAUCCGUUUCCCACUGUGCCACCGGUGGAGGUUUCUGCCAGGCAGGUGGAGAGAGCUCGGAUGCGGGAGCUUCCUGCCCUCCAGCCCCGAUGGUCACCUGCAGCUGGCACGGGGGCUAUGCUCCGGACUGGCACUCCCGAGGCAGAGCACAUGGGGAGUGCUGCCCAAGAGUGUGGGCCAACCCAGGCAAACGUGAGAGGUCAGGGAACUCACCACGGACCAGAGAGGACCAUCUCAGGACCUGUGAGGUCACAGCAGACCCAGGAGCUGGAUGGUUCUGGCAAGAGGAAGACUGCACCAUCAGGCCAGAAUGCCGUGCUGCUUACUACAGAGGAGCCUCGGAAGCGGUCAGCACAGGAUCUGGCAGGGGCCAAAAAGAUGGGGGCAGAGAUGAAGAGCUCCUGCCAGCAGGGUGACAGAGGUCAGGAGCAAGCACCAGCACUGGGGGUGCAGCUGGUGAGGAGCUCAGUUCGGGGACAUGGUGCCCGGGCCAGUGAGAGCCAGGCUGCACCUGCAGGGAGCCCUGAGAGACCAGAAGGCCUGGCUGCUGGGGGACAGGCCCGAGGACAGGUCCAGGCCCAUGAGAUGGUGCCCCAGGCCUGGGAGCAGCCUAUUGGUGGCACAGGCAAAGGAGCGCCCAUGGCUGGCAGGGGUGGAAAGCUCAACAGACCAGCCACCAGAGACGGUGUCUGGCAGGAGGCUGGCACCCAGCACCUGCCCCAAGGAAGCCAGCCCCUCGCGGCCAAGAGCGCCGCGGCCUCCCCACUGGAGCCAGGAAACAGCUCUGCUGUGCCCACUCCCUAUGCUGAGGGCCACCAGACCCUCCUGCCCCAGGCCCAGGAGGGGCUUCCAAACCACCCCAGGGCAGAGGGGGACCCCAGGGCUGCGAGGAGCCCAUCAGAACAAGAGCACAGGAAGGUGGUGCACUUUGCAAAGUACAAAGCCCAAAGCUUCAGUGACCAGAGGUCCUUUGAUUUGUCCUUCAGACGAACCAGCAUCAAAGCCCCUGACACAUUAGAACUCCCAAAGUAAGACCCUCCCAAUGUCCGGACCAGCAACAUUUCUAGAACUUCGACAACUGCUCAUCUUCGGGUUUGGGCUGCUCCUCCUGCCUGCGUGGAAAAGUCUUUGGACGUGUGCUGCAGAGACGUGUUCCAUCGUCUUUUCUCAGCUCCACAUGAAUCGAUCUAGGAAGGAUCGAGUUCCACAGGCGGGGCCUCCUUGCGGCCAGGAGGCUCCCCGAGGGGCGCUGAGACCUCCGAUCCCUCUGAUUUCACGGGCUCUUGCGUUCUGUGUGCACCUUCCCUCGCGGGGCAGCUGACUGGGCUCCUGCCUCUCCGCAGGACAGAGUUCUCUUCAGCGUCCAGCGUCUUGGUGCUGCCCUCGGUGUGUGCCCGUCUCGUCACCCUUCAGAGAAGCUGGCACUUGGGGCCCCUGAGGCCACGCUGCUCCCACAGGGCCAGCCUCCCGCGUGGCGCCCCCCAUCCAUGGGCCCAAAGUCAGAGCUGUGGUGCGUGCGCAGGAGCGUUUGUUAAGCACCCACCAGACCCUCCACGCCCCCCCGGGUGGGUGCCCGCAUGACGGUCACACAAUCAGCGUGUGCCUGUCGUUAACAACGAAAGCAGUGUCCUCCCACCUGCCCCGCUGUCCCCAGCAGCACAGAGGCGCCCCCCUGCUGCUGCCUGAGGACUUGCGCUCUCCCAGCUUCGGUUACUGAGAAACCGCACUCCCGCCGAGGGUACUCUACUGUCCACCGUCGCGUGAGUUACGAAGGAGGUCAACGUCUCUACUUGCCACGCUGCCUUGAGAUCGCAUCUGUCUCGCUCCUGGUCUGCUUGUCCCAAGCUUCUCCCUCGGUGUGUCUAGUUCAAAGCACAUACAUUCACAUGACAGGGCCACAUCUGGGCAUAGUAUAAACAUUUUCUGUGACAGCGUCCAGUCUCCCAGGCCACCCGUGGUCUUCGAAACCUGACCUGUGAGGCUCUGGGACCCUCUACGAGCCCCGUGCAGCUGGGUUCCACAUGCACUGACGCGGCUGACUCCCUGGCACCUGGCACACUGUGUUUGGCGAUGUCCCUGUCUCGAGAAAUUAAUUCCUGCUUUGGAAGAUUUUUGAUGUUCACUACCUUGGCCACGGGACAGUUUCCCAAAAUAGCCCUGCGCUUGUCCUGGAGAAGGUUCUCUGGUGCACAUGUGACCUCCUUUAUGUUCUGACUUGAACAUCCGUUUGGAGAAAGGUGCUUUCUAAUUUCAGAGUUGAAAGGGCACUUAGCAAGAGCGUCCAUCUGUGGCGAGGCCCCUCGUCCCAGGGCAGGUGACCAGGCAGGACACGUGAGGUCCCGCAUGCCCGCAAUGCUCGCCUUUCCUCCCAUCCUCUGUCUGCAAUCCAGCUAUUGAUUUCAAAUCCAGCAAAUUAGACAGGCAGAUCCGAGCACCCGGUAGGACCGCCCGGGGUGCCAUGCUCUGGAGGGGCCGGUCCCCGUAGCUGCCGUCAGAGGGUGAAGGGGGCAGAGCUCCUGGCUGGGUUCUCGGCAGCACCAGUAGGUGUGUGUGACAGUUAGCUGAAUGCAGGAUGCCACCCCCUCGUGUCCGGUGUUGGGGGCAUCUCAGUCCUGGGAGGGGGCGCUGGGAGGGUCCUCGGCCACUGCGUUUCGCUCUCACCUGGUAGUGAGGGUACCGUGGAGCUGGCAGCAGUAGUCUUGCCCUGUGGCGGCUCCACUCCACUGGGAGGAUGGAUGUCCCUUCUCUCAGAGCACGUGGGGCUGCACGGUGCACUGUGCCCUGCCCAGGAGUUGCAGGAAGCCUGUGCCUGGAGCUGGGGUUGGCUUCCUGGAGCUGCCAAACCCUGGAGGCUCAUGGGAUGGAAAUGCAGAGAUGGACCCAGGGCCUUUUGGUCCCAUUGAGGUCACCCGCUCCCUCCAGGAGCACCUCAUGGAGCCGCCUGCAUGCGGCUGUCCCCACCACAGCUGGUGUGGCUCUGUUUUGCUUGAUUUAUGUUCUUAUUCUUUGUUCCACACAGGAUUUGAGAGAAUGUUUGGCAAGAAAUGUGAUGACAGACGGAGGAGAUAAAAAUAUUAAAUUCACUAGGUGUUCCCUUUAAAAAAUAAGAAGCAGUGGACUUUGUUGCAAUGCGUUGAGUGGUAUUAUUUUAAGUGGUGGAAAAAUCAUCAGAAUGUCCUCCAGAUGACAGCUCUAGAAGAAGAGUGGGCCGCGUCCCGUCCGUCCUCGCCAUGUACCUAACGCAGCUCGAUGUCGCGCUGCCUCGGCUUGCAAAUGCCCGAGCAACUCUGAACAGGGAAAGUUACGGGUGACGUUCAUGAGGAUCUGAUAGUGGUUUGUGUCCGUUCACGUCAUAAGCAAGUCUGUGAGCUCAGAAGUAGCUCAUGGAAGAGUCCACACUGCAAAUACGCCUGCCGUCCCCACAGAAGAGGUCCACAGCCCUCCUGGUCGAAAUGGCUAUUGCAGCAGGAUGGUGUGCUCACCGCCCUUAGCAGGUGUUUUAGGUAAAACCCAAAGGAAAAAGGCAAAACACAAAGAAAGGAAAGAAAAACAGGACAUGAAUCUUAGCUUUUCGGUUGACGUGUUUGACCCGUAUUUGUGGGUAGUGUAUUGACCCGCGUCCCUGCGGUCUUUACGGUUCCUCCUGCUGUCCACGGUCUCACCCGUGGGCCACGUGUCUGUAGCUGCCAACAAAGCAGCCACGUGGGUGAGCCCACUCACGCAUGCGCACAGUCGGGGCUGCCGCAGAGGUCAUCCUGCAGUAGAAGUCGGGAGAGCGCAGUUGUCAUGAAGACGCCCCAUCAGCGCAUGUCACUGCUCAGAAUUUUACAAAUUCAGCAUCACUGCCUUACUGUUCUAAUGAGGGGUCUUUUCCAUUUGAGUUAUGAUCUUUUAAUUAUUUAUCAAUCACAGCUAUUUCUUAGAUUUCCCUUGUUUGUGUUCUUUGUGUAUGAGGAACUCUAAAAUGGAUGAGUCAGAAAAGAUCCCUGAGUGUAUUUUGUUGUGUUCUCUCCUUUGAAUUCUUACUAACUUCAUUCAGCUGUAAAUCCCUUCCAGAAAGGAAAUAAAUUUUGUUUCUCACCACA